AUGGGAAGCAACGCCUACAUCGUCAAGUAUCUGCUCAUGCUGGCGGUGGUUCCUGUUUCCGUCGCGAUGCGCAUCCUCGGAGCGUUCGCGUGCAGAUUCGUUGCUGAGCUGCGCGGGGCCGCGCACUUCAACUGGCCGGCCCUGCUGAACUCGAUGGGGUGGGCCCUGCUGGCGCGCACCUCGGCCAUCUACUUUGAGGGCGGCGAACGUGCGUCAAUCAUGGCGGUGAUCGUGCUCGCUGUCAUGAGUUGCCCUGUGUUUUUCCUCGCGCUCAUUCUGUGGAUCAGCACCGACUGCGCGCGGCUCUCGGUCAAUCAUGGGGUUCGGUUCGCUGUCGCGGCUCGCUUCCUGACGCUCAAGGUUCGGCGUGAGCACCUCCUGUUCGCUUUCGCGCGGAACUGCGGGGGCUUCCUGAUAUCGCUGUUGCCGAUCCUCGCCAGCGGUGAGUAUCAGAUCCAGGUCGGCCUGCUCAUGGCAACAUUCACCUGCCGGUUGUGCUUGCAGACCUAUUAUAACUGCUGGCGGUUCAGGGUGUUCAACAUCGUGGGCCCCGUCAUGUGUGUGUGUGGGCGCGCGAUGUUGCUGCUCUUCGGGUUCGCGAUGCACGUUGCCAAAAGGCAGAGCAGCGUCAGCGAAACUUCCAUCGGCGUCUAUAUUGUGCUCGUUGAUGUUAUCACCUUGUUGGUCUUGAUCGCAGCGGCAGGGUGCAGUCUUGCGUCGCAUCUGUUCAGCAAUGCGAGCGACAGC